AUGAGUAAUACUUCUAGAGUUGAAACUUUAACUCGAAAUUGUGGUGGUAUAAAUUGGUCGCCUGUUUUGGCUAUCACUGGGUUUCAUUCGGAUAGAGAAGCAACAAAAUUUGAAUCAAAUGUUAGAAUAUUAGCCAAAAAAAGAGAAUUUUCUGAAUAUGCAUCAUUGUAUGCUGGCAGCUGUCCAGCAGUUGUUGUCAAACGUAUAUUAGCGAUCAGAUGUUUACUAUGUGAAUAUGAUUCUUGGUGGAAAGUUCCUUGUGGCAAAAAAAGACGUGAAUAUGUUUUACAUUGGGGUACAUAUAUGGAUAUAGAUUCUAGACAAUUAGAAGUUUUACAGAAUUGUCCUUGGUCAAGAAUUGAUCGCGUGGUUAGACAUAUUAAAAUGGAUCCGGUGGCAAAUGAAUCAACUAUCACUUCAAACAAGAAUAAAGUCAUGCCCAGAUCAUCUGCAUUGAAUGACGAAGAGGAGGAAAAGAAGAAAGCUACUUUUGUGAUAAGAAAUUCAUCACCAUCAUUAUCAUCAAUUAACGGCAAGAAAAGGAAAAAACAUACCGGAAUGAUAUCAGAAUUUUUCAAAUCUACCAAUUUCAACACCAAUAACAAUCAUCGAUUAUUAGAAUGGUUUUUUGAUAGCGAAGAUGAGGAGGAGCAAGAAAAAGAACUGUUAUUAGCGUUUAAUCCUUCAUAUGAUUUAAAUAAAAUUGUAAAGAAUUGGAAAUUAAUAAUGGAUUAUGAUGAAUUUUCAAAUUUAAAGCCCAUCAAUUUCACGCCAAAAGGAUCUCAAGCAACACCAUUAUUAUGGAAAUUUCUAGAAGAGUAUCCAACACCAUAUAAAGCAAUUAAAGCUGAUGUAAAUGAACUCGUAAAUUUAUUGAGACCAUUAGGACUUCAAAAUAUUCGUGCUAUAAGAAUUAUAAAAUUUUCAUGUUCAUAUUUAUUAAAUCCUAAUUUUUCUACACCAAAAGAAUUAUUCGGUAUGGGACAAUAUGCCGAAGAUAGUUGGAAAUUAUUUUGUGGUGAGAAAGAUAAUGCCUGGAAAACCAUCGAGCCAGAAGACAAAAUCUUAAAGAUGUACGUCGAUUGGCGUAGAGAACAACACAAUAAUUAA